AGAUUGCCGCCGGCAGGACUCGCGGACGAACGCCAUUAACCCAGCCUCCGUGGUUCCGUGGGGACCCGGGAACGCCGCUGCUCUUGGAUCAGCCGUUCGGGUGGUGCGGUGGCCGGAGCCCUGGAUUUGGACCUAGAGUCGGGCGCGUACACGUCACUGGUUCCCGUGUGAAUCGGGCUAAACUCAAGAGUUUUCCACCAUGGCAGUGCCCGAGUCACGUCCCAACCACACAAUUUACAUUAAUAACCUCAAUGAGAAGAUAAAGAAGGAUGAACUGAAGAAAUCCCUCUAUGCCAUCUUCUCCCAGUUUGGCCAGAUUCUGGACAUCCUAGUAUCAAGGAGCCUGAAGAUGAGGGGCCAAGCAUUUGUCAUCUUCAAAGAGAUCAGCAGUGCCACCAACGCCCUGCGUUCCAUGCAGGGUUUUCCCUUCUAUGACAAGCCCAUGAGAAUCCAGUACGCCAAGUCGGACUCGGACAUCAUUGCCAAGAUGAAGGGUACUUACGUGGAGCGUGACCGGAAGCGGGAGAAGAGAAAACCCAAGGGUCAAGAAACACCUGCAGUCAAGAAGGCUGUUCCAGGUGGGGCGGCUGCCCCGGUCGUGGCCGCUGUCCAGCCUGUCCCGGGGAUGCCACCCAUGACCCAGGCACCCCGCAUCAUGCACCAUCUUCCAGGGCAGCCACCAUAUAUGCCCCCCCCAGGGAUGAUCCCGCCACCUGGCCUGGCUCCUGGACAGAUCCCGCCUGGCGCCAUGCCCCCACAACAGAUGAUGCCUGGACAGAUGCCGCCUGCCCAGCCGUUGUCUGAAAACCCGCCCAACCAUAUCUUGUUCCUCACCAACCUGCCAGAGGAGACCAAUGAGCUCAUGCUGUCCAUGCUCUUCAAUCAGUUCCCUGGCUUCAAGGAGGUACGUCUGGUCCCUGGGCGCCACGACAUUGCUUUUGUGGAGUUUGACAAUGAGGUGCAGGCCGGAGCUGCCCGAGAUGCCCUUCAGGGCUUCAAGAUCACCCAGAACAAUGCCAUGAAGAUCUCUUUUGCCAAGAAAUAGCCCCACCCCAUUCCUCCCUGUCCCCCCUCUCCUCCCCCUCCUUCCAGGGUGGCCCUCCCCCGCUCCUCUGCUCGGGGCUGUCGUACCCUGAAGGUAAGUCCCUGCUCCCUGCUCUUAACCUGGAGUGUGAGUGUGCCUCUGCCUCAGCAUUGUACCCAGAGUCUGCCCUUCAGACAUUGCACCUGGAGCUGGGGGCGAAAAUAAAAGGUUGGUGGCUUAGGUUUUUUCACAA